UGAAGCCCUAUAUAAGUGCAAGACUCAAUCAAUUAUGGAUCAGAGAGCAUGAGUCUCUACACAGUGAAGUGACAUUAGUUUGACUGCAGUACUACUAUGGAAAACACCUGUUGUAUGUAAAAGAACAUUAGAAGAAUGAAGAUGGAAUUGGUGAACAUUUUGGCCUUCUCUGUAUUACUUUCAGGAGGGUUUCUUCUAGCCUUUAAGUGUCCAAAAGGGGAAAUACAGACCUACACCCCUAUUUUCUACUUUGGGGAAUUCAUUAACUUGACCUGCGUCCUCAAGGUCGACAGAGUUGGCAGCGCAAAACUACUGAGCGAGGGCAGGCUCUACUUCAUGUCCUCAAAACUGGAAGAGGGUAAAGACGACCGAACACUCUAUGGAAAACCUUUGAAUAACCCUGGAGAGGUGGGAAUAAGUAUAUUGGAUAUGGUGAACCAAACAGCCAGCAAGAAGAACAAAUAUAUGCAUUAUGUCUGUCUGUAUGACCAGGACGGUCAAGAACGUCCUUGUCUUGUGGACCAAACAUUUGUAGAAAUCGAAUACAAACCAAGGGCUCCCAAAUCAGGCAGCUGUGUGGUGUAUAACUGGGAAAAAAUGGAAUGUUACUGGGACCUGGUGGUGGAAUACAGACAGCUUCAUGGAAUCACUGAUAUCAGUGUGGAGUAUCUGAAUGCUUCACUGGAUUAUAGCCUAACAACUGAGAAAUGGAGUCGAUGUCCUUUGUCUGUAAAUGGGACACAAGUAACCUGUGUCAUUAAGGAGGAAAAGAAUUCCCCUCUCUUUAUGGGGCACUAUUACUUCCGUCUCAUUGUCAACAACACGAAGACGCUUCACUCAGCGGUAACUCAGACAGAAUUCAUGACCAAUACACUCGUGAAGCCUGCCAAAGUACAUUCAGUUUCUGCCUUAGCCAAUAAAACCUCUAUUCAUUUAAAAUGGAGUGUAGAAAAGCCAUAUCAGCCACAGUUGUUCAGGAUUCGCUUUGUAACUACUUCAGAUCUCGACCAAAAUCCUCCAUGGAAGGAAAUUAAUACAACUAAAACAGAGGCGAUUUUGAAUGAUCUGCUACCAUAUAGAGAGUACACAAUUUGGAUAGCUGCUAUUCCAUUGGUCAGAAACCAGUCUACAGGAUUUUGGUCUGACACAACAAAAGCUCAUAACACCACAUUACAAGAUGUACCCAGUGAUGUACCAGAAAUGGAUCCAGGAUUUUAUACUUGUGUUGAUACUAAUUGUACAGCUGUGUUUAUCUUUUGGAAACCAAUAGAGGAUGAGCACAAAAAUGGCAUCAUUAAAAAGUAUAGGAUAAUAACAGAGAUAAAUGGUACACAAACCCAAAAAUAUGAAAUAGAAAAUCCCUCAGCGAUUGCUGACAAGGUCCCAGUUGACAACAGAUUUGACACAAAGAUCAAAGUGAACGUAGCCACGGAGGUGGGAUACUCCCCAAAAAGUGACUCCUCCCUCAUUAUCCCUGCAUUCCAUCAGCGUCCCCCCUAUCCAGAAAAUAUUAUUGUACAAGCUUUGAAUUCCAGUCUGAUAAAGUUAUCAUGGACAGCUCCCAAAAUUCCAGAAGAUGUAAGGAAAUACAUGAUCACAAACUACUCCAUUAUGUGGUGUAAAGGAGACCAUACUGGAUGCAAGGGAGAAAUAAAUUCUGAGAUACUUCCUAUCAAAAAAGGAUGGAAAAACUAUUGGAGAGAGCUGAGUGUUACCGACUCCUUUGAGAAGUUUGCCUUUGGCAUUUCAGUAGAAGCGUUCUUGAUUAAGACAGGCCGCUUCAUCAGCAGUGGUAUCAAGUGGAGUCAGUGCUCUUAUGCAGUGGAUGCUGUGCCUAAGGAACCAGUUGACAUAGAUCCAGUAUUAAUUGACACCCAUGAAACCAGCAACAGUACAAUGUUGUUUAACUGGAGUAGUUACAGCUGUAAGAAUGACAGAGUGGGUCCUGUCCAAAAUUUCACUGUGACAGUCUGCACUAUUAACAUCAGUGAAAACUGUGAAGGGACACCUCGGAUUGUUGUUCUGAGUGGAAACACAACCUCCUACAGAGUCACAGAUCUGAUUGGUGGAAAACUUUACAAAAUUACAGUGACUGCUGCAUUUAAGGGAGGCAACUCACCCACUGGACAAUUCAAGUUUAAAUCUCCAGCAACAUCACUAUUUAAUUCUUCAAACACAGGUGGUGCCGAGGGUGGUGCUCCGUGGGGAAUCAUUGCUGGGAUUGUGGCGGCUGUCAUAGCAGUGGUUGUAAUCAUUAUUGUUGCUUGGAGAAUAAGGCAUUGUUUAAAAACACCUGAUGUAGAAAUAGAGAUGCCUGCCAUAAAAACCAAUGGAGAAAUAUCUAGACUGCCAGAGUCUGCUGUCACCGAAAAUGUGCCUUUGCUUCAUUCUUCCGAGAAUCAGUCGACAUCUCCUCGAGCUGUACAAAACGGAACAGCGAUACCAACCCAGAUGCAUGAUAAUUCUUACUAUGAGUGCAGUCAGAAUUGCUCCAAAUACUAUGACCAGAGACACAGUGAUAAUAACACAGAACAUUCCUAUAUCCAGAAUGAUUCUGGAUUAAUUGAAAGUAAGAAAUCCAGGUCACCUGGAUCUUCACAAACUGCCAGGGAUAAUGGUUGUCCCCCAGCUGUGGGUCAUGGGUCCUCUUACAUUGAUCACACAGUGGCUAUGGGACUUCAGCCUAUUCAGCCAUGGGAGAGUGGUUUAGGCUCGUCUUCUUAUUGCCAUUCUGGAGAAAUUGACUCGUAUGCAAAGGCAGGUGAAAUGAAUAUUUGUUCUGUGAAUUCGGACAAAAGCACUUCCAUGUAUAUUCCUGGUGGUGCAUCCGGACAUGAUCAGAAUAAUACAUCAUCAAACAGUUUUGAUGAAUUCGGCUAUUGUAAGAAAUGAUCAUUCAUAGAUCUGUGUUAUAAGGUAGCUAGCAUCUGAUUAUUUUUUCAUAUGUGUAUGUAAUAAUUUCAGAAAAGGCAAAGGCAUUCCACUUGAUCUGUCCACAAUAACUUUUUCUCAGGGUUUUCAGGAGUAUUUUAUAUACAUGUAACAUGUACAGAAAAGAAUCAUAUUUGCGUAAAUUUUAAAAUGUUUAUCAGCCGCACAGAAGUAACCAUUUAGAAUAUAUUAUAUAAACUGCAUGCAGAAUGUACAAUCUAGAUUAUGAUUUCCACUUUUAAGAGGUCAAAUUUUAGUUAAUUUGUAGGAAUUAUUCAAUUUUGAAAUUAGAUUAGUAGGUCUACUUUUCUUUCAGUUCAAGCUAAAGCACACAGAAAUUAACUUCAAAGUUAAUUUUAUUGAACUAUUGCCCUUUCCCUUAAAGGAGUGGCUUUUUUAAGCAUGAAUAUUCCUUGCCGCA